CUCACUACCUUGCCUCUCCCGCAGCUAGAGCUGUGCUAUAAGUGGUUCUCCCGAUAUCCCUAGAAACUAUCUGAAUUGAAACGCCCUUCUCUUUGAUCGUCCUCUUUCCUCUUCAGCCACAUCCGCUCCUAUUCAUCCCCUCCCAGUCGAGCAUUUCCAGUGAGGCCCAGGGCAAAAACUUCCCCUCUCUUUUCAUCUACUCUUUUGAAUGGGCAUUGAAACGUCUCCACCCGAUGUCGAGGAAUCGACGGAGCCUCCUAUAUGUCCUUAUCAAAAGGAAUCUAAGUCGCAACCAAAUAAUCACCCCAGUGAUGUAAAGCAGGAUCCCCAGGCCGAAAACCGGACACAGGAGCAGAAUCCGACAGCAUUGAAAUCCGCGUCGAAUAACUCUACUCGCCAAGAUGAUUGUCGUAGUUUGUUACAGUAUGCUCACACAGUCGAGCCAGAACAACUGGCUGUCCUUCUGGACGUUGAUGCUCGCCAUGGCCUUUCCAGUACCGACUCGGCCGCUCGCCUACAGCGAGAUGGGCCCAACAGGGUCCGAGAAAUGGAGGGUCUAUCCAUAUGGAAAAUACUGCUGAGGCAAGUUUCCAACAGUUUGACCUUAGUUCUUCUGAUUACCAUGGCGAUAUCAUUUGGUAUCGAUGACUACAUUGAAGGAGGAGUUAUAACCGCAGUCAUCCUCCUCAAUAUUGUUGUCGGAUUCGUACAAGACUACCGCGCAGAAAAGACAAUUAUGUCUCUGCAAAGACUAUCCGCACCUGUAUGCAAGGUUCUGCGCGAUGGCCGGGUUUCCUCUGUAAAGGCCGAGUCUCUGGUAGUUGGCGAUAUCGUGCAACUAGCGGUGGGCGAUAUCGUCCCUGCGGACAUGAGACUAUUCGAUGGUAUGAAUGUCUCAGUGGACGAGGCAUUGUUGACUGGGGAAUCCCUGCCGGUUACCAAAACACCACAUAUCACGCUGACCUCCCAAGAUGUACCCCUUGGUGACAGAACAAACAUGGCAUAUUCUGGGUGCAGCACCACACAGGGUCGAGCCACAGGAGUCGUUACUGCUACAGGAAUGAAGACGGAGGUCGGAAAAAUAGCUCAGCUACUCCAAGACAAACGAGAUCAGGGCAGUGCCAACCCGUUUGUUCGGGCGUUUCGGAAUGUAAAGUCUACCACCAAAAACAUUCUAGGACUCGUUGGGACACCAUUACAGGUGAAGCUGAGCAAAUUUGCCCUUCUGCUUUUUGGCCUGGCGGUGCUUCUGGCUAUCAUUGUCUUCUCCGUUAAUAAGUUUGACAUCCAGGGAGAAGUGUUAAUCUACGGGAUAUGUGUUGCAGUGGCGGUUGUACCUGAGUCCUUGAUAGCAGUGCUUACCAUCACCGUGGCAGUGGGUACAAAGGCAAUGGCUAAGGGAAAUGUCAUUGUGCGUAAGCUACAAUGCCUUGAGGCUGUUGGCGGAGUGACUAAUAUAUGCUCUGAUAAAACUGGCACCCUCACACAAGGCAAAAUGAUUGCAAGAACCGCGUGGAUUCCACGUGCUGGCACGCUUACAGUCAGCCAAACAACCAACCCGUAUGACCCAACAAGCGGGUCUGUUCAAAUUGACGAAGUGGACUGGAAGCCGCACGGAAUGCAGGGUAACAAAGCACUAACUACCUUUUUAAAUACCAUUUCACUAUGCAACCUUUCGACUGUGCAAAAGGAACAGCAGUCAACACCACCAGAAAAGGAGCCUGGCCAUGGUGCACAAGUGAGAUGGACCGCAGUCGGAGAGCCUACUGAAAUUGCUCUUCACGUCCUCGCAAUGCGCUUUGGCCUCGGAAAGACAAGAAUACUGCAAGACAACAAUCUACAACUUCAUACUGAAUACCCAUUUGACUCUUCAAUCAAGCGGAUGACGGUAGUUUACCGUAGUCCUGAAAUGGGCUUGAACGAGGUAUAUACCAAAGGGGCUCCAGAGACAGUUAUUCCUAGAUUGAAUAGCGGCGAGAUAGAGAAGUGUUCAAUCCAAGACACGGCAGAUAGAAUGGCUGGAGAGGGGUUGCGCGUUCUUUGUGUCGCUUACAAAAGAGUUCGUAUUGAUAAUGACCUUGAAGUCUCCUCGCGAAGCACAGCUGAAUCAAAUCUAAGCUUCGGCGGGCUCGUGGGACUAUAUGAUCCUCCUCGUAUUGAGACUGCUGCAGCAGUGCGGAGAUGCCAAAUGGCAGGUAUCGGGGUACACAUGUUGACCGGUGAUCAUAUUCGGACAGCAACAGCCAUUGCAUCAGAAGUUGGCAUACUGGACCCCCUUAUCGGAGCGAAAUCCAGCAGAUUGGUGAUGGCAGCAGAGGACUUUGACCGACUUUCCGACAUUGACAUCGAUGCCAUCGAGCAGCUACCGCUCGUCAUCGCGCGAUGCAGUCCAACUACAAAGGUCCGAAUGGUGGAGGCAAUGCAUCGGCGUAACGCGUUCUGCGUUAUGACCGGUGAUGGAGUGAAUGAUUCGCCGGCUUUAAAACGCGCGGAUGUGGGUAUAGCAAUGGGGAAGAACGGAAGUGACGUGGCUAAGGAAGCUGCUGAUAUGGUUUUGACCGAUGAUAACUUCUCGUCCAUUGUAAAAGCCGUCGAAGAGGGAAGAAGACUAUUUGAUAAUAUUCAAAAGUUCCUUAUGCACCUACUCAUCUCAAAUAUCGCACAGGUCGUCCUACUACUCGUCGCCCUGGCAUUCAAAGAUGCAGAGGGGAACUCCAUAUUCCCCCUCUCUCCGCUAGAGAUUCUGUGGGCUAACCUAGUUACAUCUUCGUUUCUCGCGAUAGGCCUGGGGCUCGAAGAGGCCCAGCCCGAUAUCAUGUAUCGCCCCCCGCAUGACCUGAAAGUAGGGGUGUUCACCCGGGAACUCAUCACUGACAAAAUGAUAUAUGGAACAUGUAUGGGCUCACUGUGUCUUGUGGCUUUUGUAUGUGUUAUCUAUGGAAAAGGCGAGGGAACCUCUUCUAUGGGGCACGAUUGUAACGAAGCAUGGAAUGAAAGCUGUGGGGUUGUUUUCCGGGCACGAGCGACAACAUAUGCAACUUUGACCUUUUUACUUCUGGUUACUGCCUGGGAGGUAAAGCACUUUACACGAUCCCUAUUCAACCUUGAUCCGGGCAGAUAUCCCGGCAGGUUGUCUGUUUUCCAUUCCAUCUGGCGCAACCGAUUUUUAUUCUGGGCCGUGGUGGCUGGGUUCGUGAUCGCUUUUCCGGUGAUCUACUUACCAGCCGUCAAUCGGAUUGUUUUUAAGCAUCAAGCAAUCGAUUGGGAAUGGGGCGUUGUAUUCGGCUGUGUCGUGGUCUACCUAGCGAUGGUGGAGACCUGGAAGGCGACGAAGCGAGCCUUCGGUAUCGGCAGCGGCAAGAAUGCCACUCUGACUCUGGAAGAUGCUGAGACGAGGGCUGGCCUUGCAUCACCCGUGCUGACACUAAGUGCCAACGCCAGUGUUGAUGCCAGCGUAGAGAUGAAGUAGUUGUGGAAGGAUCCCCAUCGGGGAAGAGAAUCAAGGUGGAGGCUGCCCUAUGUUCAACCAUAGGCAAACUGCGGAUUUUGUUCUCCACAUCUUGAGGCUUAUUGAGGUGUUCAA